CGUAUCAUUAAUAUAAUUAAAUUUUUCCUUCGGCAGGAUGAACGAAUUCUCGUGUAAUGCACCUGGAUGCACAGCCACAUUCAAGACACUUGUGGAUUUUGAGAUGCAUUACAAUGGCUGUCACAGUUUCACGUGCAUGGAAUGCAGAAAAAGUCGUCCUACUGAGAGAUUAUUGGAUAUUCAUAUUCAAGAGACGCACGACAGUUUCUUCAGAGUAUUAGCAGAGAAAAAACCGAUGUAUCAAUGUUUCGUAUCAGAUUGUCAUGAGAAGUUUUUAUCUCCCGUUGAGAGAAGAGAGCACACUAUGCAAAUCCACAAAUUUCCAAGUAAUUAUCGAUACGACGAGUCAUUGAAGCAGAAAUCAUCAAAGGAGACGAAAGAAAAAUUGAAAAGAGAAAACAAAAAAAAGAAGGCAAAAAUAAGAGAUAUAGAUAUGCAAAAUGGAGAAUCUGAAGAUGCAAUGGAAGUCGAUCCUCCCAAACUAAAUUCGAAACCUGCCAAUAAACCAAAACCGAGUAUUAACAGAAACCAAAAAUCUAGAACUUUUAUUCCAGGCUUACAAAAUUCCACUCCGAAACCUUCCGACGACAGAAAUCUUCCUUCUACUGUUGCAAACUCACAAGCCCAAGUGGCACUUCCUUUAGCAGCUCUAUCAUUCAUUCCAAGACAGUUAAUGCACAAAUCCUACUCGGGAGCUCUUACAAAAAAUAUGAAAAUGGAAAGAGAAGUCUUGGAGAAUGCAAAUAUGAUGGAUUUAGCUGAAGCUUUACCAUCCCGGAAAAAUGAAAAGAAUCUAGAAAGUUGAUAAUUGCAAGGGAGUUGUAUAUAGAAGUAUUAUUUUUAAAAUAAAUAAUAAAAUGUGGAUAAGGAAAUAUAGAUUUU